AUGAUUGUACUGGGAUAUGCCGUCGCCAAGUACCUAAAAACCCAGCACAUGAGCGUGACAGAUGAUCGCAGUGGGUUUAAGAUGAGACUAUGGCCGUCUGGCUUGAAAUCGCAACCGACGCUGGUGUUGCUCGGAGUAUCGGCAACGGCGACUUUUCUAAAUCUGGUUCUUUGCACCGCCAGUUUCUCAUCUACCGUGCGCCACGUUACAAAAGUCGGCAACAUUGCCACCGUCAUUGUUUCUACUAUUGCUAUUAUCCUCUGGCUGACGGCUGGUAUUUUGUACAAGGUGGAUGACCUCAAUGAGCUAGAGCACUACGACAUGCUCUCUUACAUGCGUUAUGCUUGGUGGGCAGUGAUUGUCGUUGGUGUCCUGGAGCUGACGGCACUCGGAACAGUUGUCUGGGCUAUUUGCACUCCUAAGAAAAGGGUCAGACCAGUAAUGGAUGGUAUGGAAGAGGAUAUCAAGGACUCACUACUGACACCAAAGGGCUGGUCGGAUACCAACCGCUCAGACGUCGAAUGGGGGACGCAGGUAGGGGAAGUCUGCAAUGAAAGAUAUUCCAUUUUCUUACUAUCCUACUUAUCUUUGAGAAUCUUCUCAACAAGAAGGAUCACACAAGCCACAAGAAGAGAUACAAAUGAAUACGAAAGCAGCGUAUUUGCUGUCUAUUUUACCAGAUACCUAAGCACAAGUGCCAACUCUUAUUUUUUUGACAACGGUCGUUCAGGGUAG